AUGGGUAAGGAGGAGAAGACUCACAUCAACGUCGUGGUCAUCGGCCACGUCGACUCUGGCAAGUCGACCACCACCGGUCACUUGAUCUACCAGUGCGGCGGUAUCGACAAGCGUACCAUUGAGAAGUUCGAGAAGGAGGCUGCUGAGCUCGGCAAGGGCUCUUUCAAGUAUGCCUGGGUUCUGGACAAGCUCAAGGCCGAGCGUGAGCGCGGUAUCACCAUCGAUAUUGCUCUGUGGAAGUUCGAGACCCCCAAGUACUACGUCACCGUCAUUGACGCCCCCGGUCAUCGCGAUUUCAUCAAGAACAUGAUCACUGGUACCUCGCAGGCCGACUGCGCCAUUCUCAUCAUUGCCGCUGGUACUGGUGAGUUCGAGGCUGGUAUCUCCAAGGAUGGCCAGACUCGUGAGCACGCUCUGCUCGCCUACACCCUGGGUGUGCGGCAGCUGAUCGUCGCCAUCAACAAGAUGGACACGGCCAAGUGGGCUGAGGCUCGUUACCAGGAGAUCAUCAAGGAGACCUCCAACUUCAUCAAGAAGGUCGGCUACAACCCCAAGACUGUUGCCUUCGUCCCCAUCUCGGGCUUCCACGGCGACAACAUGCUUGCUCCCUCGACCAACUGCCCCUGGUACAAGGGCUGGGAGAAGGAGGGCAAGAGCGGCAAGGUUACCGGCAAGACUCUGCUGGACGCCAUUGACGCCGUCGAGCCCCCCAAGCGCCCCACGGACAAGCCCCUGCGUCUGCCCCUCCAGGAUGUCUACAAGAUCGGCGGUAUCGGCACUGUCCCUGUCGGCCGUAUCGAGACUGGUGUCCUGAAGCCCGGCAUGGUUGUCACCUUUGCCCCGUCCAACGUCACCACUGAAGUCAAGUCCGUCGAGAUGCACCACGAGCAGCUUGUUGAGGGUGUUCCCGGCGACAACGUCGGCUUCAACGUCAAGAACGUCUCCGUCAAGGAGAUCCGUCGUGGCAACGUUGCCGGUGACUCCAAGAACGACCCCCCCUCGGGCGCCGCCACCUUCAACGCCCAGGUCAUUGUCCUGAACCACCCCGGCCAGGUCGGCAACGGCUACGCCCCGGUUCUGGACUGCCACACCGCCCACAUUGCCUGCAAGUUCACCGAGAUCCUUGAGAAGAUCGACCGCCGUACCGGCAAGUCGGUUGAGAACAACCCCAAGUUCAUCAAGUCGGGUGACGCCGCCAUUGUCAAGCUGACGCCCUCGAAGCCCAUGUGCGUUGAGGCCUUCACUGACUACCCCCCUCUGGGCCGUUUCGCCGUCCGUGACAUGCGCCAGACCGUUGCUGUCGGUGUCAUCAAGUCGGUUGAGAAGGCCACUGCCGGUGCCGGCAAGGUCACCAAGUCGGCUGCCAAGGCCGCCAAGAAGUAA